AGAAAGCAUUUUAACUUAAAUCACACCUCUCUCUGUAAAAAAUAUCUAUAGACGUGAAUGUAUCUAUGCUGUGUAUACAUGUGUUUUUGAAGCCCUAGAGAUUGAUGUGAGAUAGAUAGAGUCAGAUCGGAGAUGGCAGAGUUUCCCGGCGAAGGAGGGCUAUCAGGGACGCCGGAAAACGGCAAUGUACGGAUGGAAGGGAAGAUUGGUUCGUCGAGGAGGAGGGCUUCAGUGAGGCCGAGUUUGGACGCGGAUGAGUUCAUAAAUUUGCUUCACGGCUCGGAUCCGGUGAGGGUUGAGCUCAAUCGGUUGGAGAACGAAGUCAGAGAUAAGGAUCGAGAGUUAGUGGAAGCGCAAGCGGAGAUCAGGGCGUUGAAGUUAUCAGAGCGACUCCGAGAAAAGGCGGUCGAAGAGCUCACUGAAGAAUUGGAAAAGUUGGAGGAGAAGCUCAAGUUGACAGAAUCACUUCUAGAAAGCAGAAAUCUUGAAAUCAAGAAAAUCAAUGAUGAGAAGAAGGCCUCUAUGGCAGCUCAGUUUGCGGCAGAAGCCAGCCUUCGAAGGGUUCAUGCUGCUCAAAAAGAUGAUGAUAUGCCUCCUAUUGAAGCCAUCCUUGCACCCUUGGAGGCUGAGCUCAAGCUUGCUCGACAGGAGAUUGCAAAGUUGCAGGAUGACAACAAAGCAUUGGAUCGCCUUACCAAAUCAAAAGAGGCUGCUUUACUUGAAGCUGAAAGGACUGUGCAGGUUGCCUUGGCGAAGGCUUCAAUGGUGGAUGAUCUCCAGAAUAAGAACCAAGAGUUGAUGAAGCAAAUAGAAAUUUGCCAGGAAGAGAAUAAAAUUUUGGACAAAAUGCACCGCCAAAAGGUUGCUGAGGUCGAAAAGCUCACCCAGACUGUGCGUGAGCUUGAAGAGGCUGUUCUUGCUGGUGGUGCAGCUGCAAAUGCUGUGAGGGAUUACCAACGGAAAGUUCAAGAGAUGAAUGAUGAAAGAAAAACUCUAGAUAGGGAGCUGGCUCGUGCAAAAGUAACAGCAAACAGGGUUGCGGUUGUGGUAGCUAAUGAAUGGAAAGAUGCUAAUGACAAAGUGAUGCCUGUAAAACAAUGGCUUGAAGAAAGAAGGUUUUUGCAGGGUGAGAUGCAACAAUUGCGGGACAAGCUCUCCAUAGCUGAGAGAACUGCAAAAUCGGAAGCACAGUUGAAGGAAAAAUAUCAAUUGCGGCUCAAAGUAAUAGAAGACACGUUGAGAUUGUCAAACACUAGCGGUCGCAGCACGCCCGAUGGAAGAAGUGCAAACGGUCCUUCACGUCGCCAAUCCUUGGGUGGAGCUGAUAACAUCUCCAAAUUGACCUCCAAUGGCUUUUUACCCAAGAGAUCACCAUCCUUUCAGCUGAGAUCUACUCUGUCUUCUGGCACUAGUACAGUGUUGAAGCAUGCAAAAGGAACAUCAAAGUCAUUCGAUGGUGGCACACGAUCACUAGAUAGGGGUAAAGUCCUCUUAAAUGGAGCAGGUCAAAAUUUUAAUAUCCGCCAGUCAUGUGAGGGGACCAAGGACAGCGAGGCAAAUAAUAAUCCCAUUAAAGGCUACUCUGAUGAAAAACCUAGCGACUUCUUAGUGACAGAUACAGAGGAUACUGUGCCAGGGAUGUUGUAUGAUAUGCUACAGAAAGAGGUGAUUGCUUUGAGAAAAGCUGGUCAUGAAAAAGAUCAAAGCCUUAAGGACAAGGAUGACGCUAUUGAGAUGUUGGCAAAGAAAGUUGAUACUUUAACCAAGGCAAUGGAGGUUGAGGCCAAAAAGAUGAGGAGGGAGGUAGCGGUGAUGGAGAAGGAAGUAGCUGCCAUGCGUGUGGAGAAAGAACAUGAGAAUAGGGCCAAACGUCUUGGAAAUUCCAAGGGUCCUGUGACCAGUGCUCAGCUCCUCCCAGGAAGACUGAAGUUCCACCUUCUUCAUCAAGAGCCUUGGUGGCCUUUCAAGUCUGCAGAAUGAAGUUCCCUGCCUUUCAUUCUGCCAAACUAAAAAAAGUGGUUUGCUGGUUGGUAUAGGUUUUUGUUGCUGGUUAGUUAAUAAAGAAUUAAAGACACUGCUCUGUUUCUCAGGAAGAUUGAAACCAAAGUUUUAUAGUUCCAACUAGGACUAUUGCAAUUUUUUUCUCUUUUGUGUGGAAAUAGGGAAAGCGACAGAAUAUCAGAGGUGUAGAAAUAGUCGAGUGAAGGCAGAAAAAAUGGUGGUUGGAGUUUUCUGUGGGAUAAAAAGAGAGGACCAUUUGUAGUUGAAUAAUCAUAAUUAGUCUUAGCAUAGAGCUUCCAGCGCUAAGAAGCCUUUAUGUGUUUAGCAUGUGGGCUCCAUG